UGGGUAGGUAGUGAACUUCUUAAACCGUCACCACAUGGGUAAAUAACCACAGGACAACUAUAAAACUAUGGAUAUCUGGAAACUCGUAUCAAUGAUAUGGCUUGUCAAAUCUUACGUGGAAGGUCGGCCUGGGAUUGGUACAUUUUUGACUAGCUUCGUGGAAAAUGAGGGGAAACCAACAAUGGUGGUAUUUCAUGGGAUUUGUUGGAGUAAUCCCGUCAAACUCCGUGUGAUGAAAGAGCUAUCCACGGCUGGUACCCGAAGCUCUUCCAUCAUGUCCAAGGGAAUUUCCUUCAGAGAUCACACCGUUUUGUUACUUGCCGAUCUGAACUGCCCAGGAACGGAGGAGUUGAUCAUGAAUGCUACUCAUCGGCAACUAAAUCGACUGCCGUAUCGCUGGCUGGUGUUAUCAGACACACCUCGCUCUAGUCGGUCCUCGCUCUGGGAUCCGUUCCUGGUAGACAGCGAUAUCGUGCUCGCUACUGCUGAUGAAACAGGCUACAAUAUGACUGAGGUCUACAAGCCAUCUCCCUCCAGUCCUGCCAUCGUAUCACCCCGUGGUUCUUUCCAUCAAGUCCUGACAGACACCAGACCCCAUCGGGAAUUCUUCCGCCGCCGUCGGGACCUCAUGGGAGUACCCCUGACUAUAACCAAUACUAUUCAGGAGAGCAACUCGUCGAUAUAUCAUUUGCUGCAGGAGGAUUCGCUGGAGCUAGAGCAUGAUCUCAUCAGCAAGAACUCCUACACCCUUGCCAAAGUGGCGUUUCUGACUUUGAACGCGACUCCCGUGGCCACGUUCACGGACAGCUUCGGGUACCUUCAGAACGGAGAAUGGACUGGAGUUAUCAGGGAGUUGCUGGAGUAUAAUGCUGAUAUUGGCACAAACGUCGGGAUGAGCCAAUCCCGUCUCCAACAAGUGAUGUUCCUCGACCCUUUAGACAACGGCCGAGCCCGUUUCAUCUUCCGCCAGCCCGCUCUCUCUCUCACGGCUAACAUAUUCUCUCUCCCUUUCUCCCCUGGAGUUUGGAUGGCCACUGGAAUAUCUUCCUUCGUCGCUGGAGUGGCUUUCUACCUGAGUACGAGGAUGAUAAAGACGAGAGCAGAAACAGGGACAGUGAGGGAUGCGUAUCUGUUGACUAUAAGUGCGCUCAGUCAGCAGGGAUGCGAGGUUCAACCGACACAUGUGUCAGCCCGCAUCGUCCUCUGGGUAGUAUUCACAUCCAUGAUGGCGCUAUAUGCGGCAUAUGGCGCCAACAUCGUGGUAUUGCUGCAAGCGCCAUCUACCUCAGUUAACAGCCUCGCUACGCUCGCCAGGUCCAAACUCGCUCUGGGCGCUGCUGAUGUUAACUACAACCACUUUCUUUUUAGGGCUUCUUCGGACCCAAUACGCAACGAUAUAGCAAAGAGAAUAAACUCAGAUAAAGGACCCAAAGCAUUCUACGAAUUGACUGAAGGCGUCGAAAAAAUACGAAAGGGUUUGUUCGCCUUCCACAGCGUGGUGGAGCCGGUAUACCGUCAGAUCGACAGGACGUUUCAGGAGAAGGAAAAAUGCGACCUGAUGGAACUUGACUUCAUAGGCUACGCUGCCUUCCACGUGCCAGGCAGCAAGAAAUCACCGUAUUUGGAGCUGUUGAGGGUUAUGUUUAAACGAUUGCGAGAGGUGGGCAUAAAAUCCGCAGUCAAUUUCCGCUAUGAAGCACGCCGGCCAUCGUGCAAGGAAUCGGUCACCAUGUUCAGCAGCGUGGGUAUAACAGAGAUGCGUCCAGUUUUACUAUUCAUGGCUUAUGGAGUGGUGCUGAGCGUGGUCGUCACUGCGGCCGAGCUGCUCGUGUUCCAUGCGAACCGCUAUCGUCAACAGCACUGGUCUGAGAAAUUGGCUAGAGGAUUGUAAUUUGGUAGAAAAUGUAUUAAUCAACACAUACACUAGAUACCAGUUACUAACAUAACAUAUUACGUACCUACCUGCCUAGAUUACACACACAGCCACUAAAUUUGAAGGCCACUCUAUAUUUGAUUAUAAAGUGUCCAAUUGUCCAUGCACUUUUGUACCUUGCUGUACCUAAUAGGUACAAAUUACACACGUCGCUCAGAAAUAAAAGUAAGUACAUAAG